GCCUAAAGUUAGCGAUCUAGUACUAGUAUAGACAUCUGUGGGUACGAGUAACAAUAAUAGAUAAAAUUAGUCAAAAUGCCGUUUAUGAUAGGCAAAGAACCCGUGCGGCGAACAUUGAAAUAUUUAAUGUCCGGUCCAUUGGUCUUAAAGGAUAAAAUACAGAUAUUCUCCAUUAAUUAUAACACGCAUGGUAAUCAUCAUAAAGGCACGAGAGAUUUCAUAUUUUGGCAUUUAUCACAGAUACAAUACAAAAAUCCAACAGUACAAGUAGUUACUUAAAAUAGAACACCAUCUCCGUUUAUGAAAUUUUAUUAUGAAGAUGGAAAGACAAUAUUAAUCGAUAUAGAUAGCAAAUCUAAAGACGACAUACUUCAGCAUCUUAUAAAAGUAGUAGGAAAACCAAAAGAAGUAUUAGUCAAAGAAGCUACUGCUAAAGAAAAGAAGGACAAUCCAGCAAACUUUGGAAUGGGUUGUACAAGGAGCUGCUUAUGUCACAUCCCAGGACAAGUACCAUGUCCAGGCAUAGUGCCUUUGCCGGAUCACAUGCGUGCAAAAAUCAUACGUGAAAGACGAAAUAAAGAAUAGGCAUACUUAGUAUUAA